AUCACACUGAACGCUGUUAGGCAGACGCGCAGAGAGCAGACUGCCACACAGACUGACUGACUGUUGGAAAAUAUAAUUGCACAAAAUAGCAGGACUGAAGAAAACAUCUUCUCGUUUUGUUAAAUGUUCGAACACGUCACAAACUGAGUCACUGCUGCAGCCGUAAAGACCCAGAAGUAUGGAGGAUUCAGGGAGGAGCAGAUGUGACAGUCUGGAUGCAGGAUCAGGGUGUGACACGGAGCUGAUGAACCCAAGCGACCAUUUAAGCCUUGACCCUGAGGGCUGUGACCCGGCAGUCAACCUGGAGCCCUCGCAGGCAGAACUGGCUCAGUGUGAGGCUGAAGUGGGAACUCUGCUCAGCAUCAUCGCUGAACUGAACAAGAAAAUGGGGUCCCUGAAGGCUCCCAGUGAACCAGGUGACAUGAGACCACCAGGUCCAUCCAGACCUCUGGUUCCAGACCUUCUGUCUCACCGGCUGGUCAGAAGCAGCCCAGAGAGGAACGCUGCCUCCAUCGUCUCAUCUAAACCGCCAGUGACUGACCGAGGAGGCAGUGGCGUUGUCUGGACCAAACUGCAGGAGGUUUUAUCAUCAGUGGAGGACUCCAUCAGCUUUAGGAGGACCUGGGCCGUCCCCAUCACCGCCUCCGACCAGGACAAACAGAGAGAGCACCUGAGAGCAGCCGAGGACAACUGGGUUAAAGCCAGCCAGAUACUGGAGGAGAUGGAAAGAGAGUUUGGGAUUUCAUGCCCAUUAGGCCCGCCAAAGGACCAGUACCAGGAGGACACGCUGGAUGUGGAUCAAAGGGAGUCAGCUCUCAGAACCACCUUGCAGGGUCACCAAGAGGAGCUGCAGAGAGCGCAAAGCAACAUCAGCCAGACAGAAGAGGACAGGAGCAAGCUGGUUGGUCUCCAUAAGACCUGGAGGUCCGGCAGUCACUCCUCGUCCCUCCGGCUCUCUGCUGGGGCUACGAGUCCAGAUUGGGCCUCUCCUCCCUACCCUGGUUCACCGUUACUCCACAGAAGAACGACCAGGGCUCUGUCCGUAGGCGGGGACGGGUCUCCUCUGAGCUCCGUUAACUCGGGCAGUCCUUGUCCCAGCCCCAUCAGCCUGGAGUCUGAGACCGAACGACUGAACAGAUGCAUUGAGAGGCUGAAGGCCAGAAACGAACGUCUGACUGCAGCUCUGGAGCGAAGAAAGGGAGAGUCGGAGCUGAUCAACGUCACACUAAACAGACUGGAGUCUGACUGCUCGGCCCUGCAGAUGGCCCUCAGAUACUGUGAGGAGUGUGAGGAGGCCUACAGCGAGCUACUGUCACUUUAUGAUGCAAAGAAGCAGCAAAGCAUUCCUGCGCAGACGGACCCAGCAGAGCCAGUCGGUGACAGGCAGCCGCCCGACAGUCCAUCAGCUCAGCUCAGGAAAAUGGGAACUGAAGAGCUGUCCACCUCCUUCUCAACAGCAGGGGUCACAGAGGAGAUGGAAACACAGAGUCACACAAUGCAGAGGACAGCUGAGCCUGAGGUGGGUCGGGAGGCGGCUCUCCGGCAGCAAAUUGAGCGCCUGAAGAAGGACCGAGCAGCCAUUUGCCUCCCUAAGCCAAGUUCAGGGCCAGAGAGCAAACUGAGGCCUGAAGCUGGUCAACUGGCUGGAUCCAGAUAUGGACACAUGACCAAAAACGGCACCAAACCUCCUGACGGCAAGAAGGAGAAAGCUUCCCUGUUUUAUGAGCUCAUCUCAGUCAGGGAAGAGAUGUCCGAUCUGCGAGCUCUGAUCCGCCUUAAGGAGAAGGAGCUGAGGUGUCUGGAGUGGAGUUUGGUGGGCCAGAAGGCCCAGGAAGCAGCUGGAGUUUUCAUCCCAGAAAAUCUCAGAGAGGAGGUGGAGGACCGUAGGACUGAACAACAGAGGCUCUGUGAGAAUGCAGCUAAGUUCGGAUGUGACGGGGACAUCAUUGGGCCCAGAACCAGACCGAUUCUGAAAGAGCUGCAGGCGGUCCUGCUGAGGGAACAAGCCCUGAAGAAGAGACUGGCUUUGGUCCAAGACUCCCUGAACGCAGCUCUCUCCGACAGCGCCACCCACAGGAGGGACAACGGAGAGCAGAUCGCUCGGCUCACGCAAGCUCACAGUAAAGCCUUGAGUUCGUACCGGCAGAUUCGCAGAAAGUACCGGGAGCAGGUGUGGAGGCUGGAGCAGAAAGUGGUGGCCAUGGCGGAGAGUCACAACCAGAGUGGAGCAACAAAAGCAGCAGGAGAAGCGUUGGAGUGGAGGAGGGAGGAGACGGUUCUAUGAGACGUGAACUCUUCAGUCAGAGAACCAGCCAUCCUGAGAGCCACAUGUUCUUCUUAUCAGCUGCAAUCUACAGAUCUGCUGAAUGCUCCUUCAAGACUCUGCUGUAAUCUGUUUUGUUUUGUUUUUUUUAUCAGAUGCUUAAAUUUGUAGUUAAUUUUUUGGCCUCGUAAAUAAAUAUUUAUCUACCAACUCA